AUACAAGUGAUACAACAUACAAGGAACAUAGCAUAGUAAAAAUCAGUUUGUCAUAAAAUAUGAAAGGUAACGGGUGUGUGUGACGCUCGCUCUUAUUACAUAGAAAUAAAUAAAUAUCGAGAGAAAGUGCUGACUGGUCAGUGUAUUUAAAUGGAUGUUGUUACAUACAUGUAAAAUUAAGAGACUUGAAUAAACUAAAUAAUAGGACUCAAACAUGGAUCAAAGUGUGCAAGAGUUCGUGGACAAGCUCCUGACAGAGGAAGCGCUGGAGCAGCCCUCGGACAAGGUUAAACCUGAGGAGUUGGUGCUCGAACUACCAGAGUGGUUCGACGAGAAAAAGUUCAACCAAGGGCGUCGUUUCUACUGGGACAACUGCUUCAUGAUGUCGACGUCGAUGCUGCUGGGGCUGGUGGCAGUGUUCGCGGUGCCGUCCAUCCUAGCCGUGCUGGUCGGCUCCCGGCGCUCCAGCUCCAUCUACACCGCCUACAAGAGAUACCUCUCCACCUUGCUGCACACGCAGUCCUGGUUCGAGCACGAACUCAAGCCUGGAUCUGUAUCUUGGAAAUCCCUGUAUGCUGUCCGAAGCCGGCACGUGCGCGCCGGGCUGGCGUCUAAGCUGAAGGGCGGCGGCGUGGUCUCGCAGCGAGACAUAGCGCUGACGCAGUUCGGCUUUAUGGGCUUCGCGCUGCUCAAGCCAGACAAGUUCGGCAUCCGGCAGAUCAGGGAGGACGACUGGGAGGCCUACAACCACGUCUGGAGGGUUGUUGGGCACAUGAUCGGGUUGGAGGACCGGUACAACAUCUGCAGGAGCACAGUAGAAGAGACCAGGGAAGUUUGCCAGCUGCUCCUCGACCGUGUGUACACGCCAUGCCUAGAGAACGUCCCAGAAUACUUCGAACACAUGGCGCGCGUGAUGCUGGACGGCAUGUGGUCUGUCAACCCCACAGUGGACGUGAGCGCGAUACUGUACUGGACGCGACACCUCGCCGACGUCCCCGGGUACAUAUAUACGGAGGAUGACAGGAUACAGCUCCAACGUCGGCUGCGAAAGGAACUGAAAGGACAGUCGGUUGAGACUGGUGUGGAUUCAAGGAGUCUAAUGUGUACUCCAGCGGUGGACGGUCUACCGAAGAGAGCGCCGCGUCUUCUAUACCUACGCGACUUCGAGUCUAUAGACACGGCACCCGAUUACCAGAAACUCACAUACUACAGCCGUUAUAAGCUAUCAUUCAGCGUCCUUGCAGCGGCUUGGUACGCUACGUACCUCGGCCGACUCUACUUCAACCUAAACUUUCUAUGGAGUCUCAUCUUAAUGAAAUAUUUCCCAUACAUAGCGUUCUUCAGGUUCGGUGUUAAAGCCUCCAUGGUGGAUAUCUUCACGGAAGAUCCCGUGGACGAUACGAAACCGAAGACGAACGCGGAAUAUUACAACGCGCCCAAAACACCUUGGUACUGGUCUUGGUUGUCGUUGCUUUGGUGAGUAAAGUACCAAGUAAUGUUUGUUGUAGCAAUCGACACGCUAGUUUAAGACGACGUAGUUUUACGGAAAAUAUCAAUUUCAUGAUUUUAUCAACACUGAGUUUGUAGUAUUUGUUUUAGGUAUUAUCUAUUGAUUUAAUUUAUUGUCGAUUUUUCUAAUGUAUUAAUUUGAUACAUUACUUUUUUAAUGUAAUAAUAAUUAUUUUUUAUCAAGUAUUAUCUUGACUUUCUUGAAAGUAAAUGACGUAAAAGAAAAUUCAUGAUGAAUUAAUUUUUAAGGAAACAACAAUUUAGUUAGUUUUUUGUAUAGAUUAUGGCAUGCGCACAUUGUUAUGUAUUGUAUCUAUAGUUAUUUAAAUAUUUAUAUUGAAGUAUAUAAAUAGCAAGUGCCUUAUAUGUACUAUUGUUAAUUAAAGCCAUGUCUCCAAUCUACUAGGCGACAUGUGACCAGCGAUGUGUUCCCAAAGUGGGCAUAUAUCCAUUCUAAAAAUUCUAUUCUUAUAUUUCAUAGAUUACAUAACCAGUAUUCUAUCGUAUCAUUUACGUUUUCAAAAUUAUAGAUUUCCAAUUUUAUUAUUUAUCUGCAAUGAAUAUCACAUAUCAAAUGGGUGUAAAUAAUCGCAACUUGCAACUUGUAAAUACAAAUAACAUACAAUGCAAUUUUAGACGUAGAGGGAUGCAGGGUACCUAAUACUGUAUAGGUAUUAGUUAAGUUUAAUUCUGAAUGUAAUGUUCGCAAUCAAGACAAUAUUUCAUAAUAAUUUAUGCUAUUGGUGUUAUUUGAUAUAUGAAUCAAAUUAAACUCUGUUGUGCAGUUUAAAA